GAAUCCACGUAUCUCGAUGACCACGGACCCCCAGCUCCCAGGGUAAGACCAUUAAUAAAGCAGUCCCUCUUUCUUUUUCAUCACUCCAUCAUUCUCUACGUCACACUUCAUCUGAUCCUUCGCUCUCCACCCUCUUUCUCUUUCCCUCUCCUUGUUUUUGUCUUUCUUUCACACUCCCCUUUUCUUUCCUCCAUCUCUCUCUGAUGUGCUGCCACUGUGUGUGUGCCAGUCCAGCCCAGGCAGGAUAAGGGUGACGUCUAUGUCUUGAGGAGCUGUGUGUGAACUCACUCUAAAUACCAAAUACUGACAAACAGACAGACACACACACAUACAUACACACACACUGGGGCCUUGUGUCUGGCCAGCUGCAUCGGUCUGCCUUCUAUUUCUUCUCACCCUCUUUCUAUCCUUUCUUUUUCAACCCUUAUCCACACUUUCUUUCAUCCACUAGUACCACCCUUCUACCUACCACCUUUCUAUAUGAUUCUCUCGCCUCUUCUCUCUUUGAUCCACCUCUCUUUCAGUCUCUUUUUCCUGUCUCACAUUCCCCCGUCUCUCUCUCUGUGCGGUGACAGAUUUAUCAAUCCAACUCACAAAUUGGAGAAUUAGAGUGUGUUUUUUUUUUGGGUGGGACACACAUUUCUGUGUUUGUAAAGGUGUCUAGGCUAGCUAGAUUUGGCUACGUGUUCAGAGUUUAUCUGGCGUGUGUGUGUGUGUGUGUGUGUGUGUGUGUGCUUGUGUGUGAAGAGAGGUCUGGCUACGUGUCUGUUUGGAGCUGACCUAAAGUUCUGGCUGUUUUGAUUAAGCCUGGUAACAUUUGGCCCAUGUUUAUAUGUUAUUAUGUUGACUUGGAGAGGUCUGUUGUAGUGUUGGCCACUUACCCAGGCUAACUUUGAGGUAAAGUACAAGCCAUGGUAUUUUCUUUGAGAGCAGGGGCUGGCCUGAACUGAACUGUCUGGACUGUGGUGAUCAGUAGCGAUGAGUUGGGCCAGGAGUUUUUCCUGACCACUUGACCAAGAUAAACUCUGAGCUACAUGGUCACAUGGACAGGAAUAACUGUGGAUGAGAGAACUGGUGCCUGGCUCAUAUCAACCUUGCUUUUGUACUGCUAGGGUUUAACGGAGAGGUUGUUGGCCAUCUGGAAAGGCUGACUGGUCAGAGUUGGGGAUAAGCCAAAGGCAGCCAGGAACAGCUUGUAUGUUUCCUAAGUCAUAAUGAUGAAUCCAAACUAUUUAUUUACCGUAGAACACAAACACAGUACCACUGCAAUCUGUUAACUCACGGACCAGAGGGAUUAUAAUGGAGAGAAAGGACUGAUAGACUACUGUAAAGCACUGUGCUCUUGUGUGGGCUAUACUGGCUGGUACUGUAUUACUAAUUCUACUUGUGGUUUACCCCCUCUUUUUCUUCCCUCCUUUCAGCUCAAAGUUUAGCCGCAGCUAGCUACCAUUAGCAACCACAUCAGAGGGUUUAUACUGGGGUGGCUAAGCCCCUCUGUGAUGCUGACAUUGCUGUAGCCAUGUCUGUCAUUAUGUCAUCCUAUCAGACAGUGAUGGUAAUGCUAUGUCAGCGGCUAACGCUACAUGAGAUGUCUUAUCCUCUAAUUUUCCCCUUAAACUGAAGUUGUUUGGCUAUUUCUGAAAGAGUCUUAGUUAAGUAUAGCUUAACUGGUUCUUAAUGCAGGGAAUUUCUAUUUUGAAGGUAUUUGAAAAGUGUAAAAAGGGCUAAACUUAAAUAAAAGCUAAAGCCCUCAAAAUAUAAGGUAUAGUUACAUGUAAGGAAACACGCAACAUAUGCAAGUCUCUCGUGUUUUGUGACACAUUUCCAUGAAAUUGGCUGUUUGGAUUCUUGGCAUGCACACGUAUGAACUUAGCCCUGUUUCUUUGGGCCUGUCCAAGACGAAAAACACAAAAUAACAAGUAGCGACUGUUUUCCUGUUUCUUAACAUAUUUUAUUCCCCAUUGGCCAGUAUUGCACUAGUUUGCUUGUGCUCCUUUUUUAUUGUCUCAAAUGUUCUCUGAUGUGAGAUGAUGUCCCAUUAACCAUGUAGCUCAGUGAAUCCGCUCCACUCUGGGUGGGAGGGGAGAGAAGAGAGAUAGACAGGUAAUCAGGCAUACAGACGUUAUCAACAGGAAGUGCAGAGUACAUCCAGCAUGUCCUGCCUGAGACGUCGACACGCGGAGCAGCUAGGGAUGAGGAUCUCUGUGCCAGCAGUGAUGUAAAUGCAGCACAGCCACUAACUCAAAACAGAAGUACUGUACACUAUUCCCAUGACAGUAUGAAAAUGUAUGCACUCACUAACUGUAAGUCUGCUAAAUGACUAAAAUGUAAAUGUAAAAUAGUGGUAAGUAGACCUGAUGUACUUUUUUUCUACAACCAACGUAGGCCUACCUUGCGAAGUUCGCUAACAUUAUCCCCUUUUCAACAUUGUUUUUAAGAGUGUUUAAAUCACGAUUGCUACUGACAGACAUGAUAGGCGACAUUGAUUGAUGGACCACGUCAAAUUGGCUAGCUAGCUAGUAAAGUCAAUAUGUGACCAAUCGGCUCGAUUCGGCCUUGUGAAGCAAAAUUUGAAAUUGUGUUUUUUUACAUUGGAUAAAAGUAGAGACUCAGAGCUAGAAAAUUGUAUAUCAUACACUACAGUUGAGGAACAAUGGGAAAGUAAUUCUGCUUUGAAAGUUGAUGAACUUGUAACCUCACUUUUGAGAAAAUGGCCCUUAAAUGUUUUGGUUAACCUACUGGAGAGAUCUUCUUUGUCUACACCCAUUCAGCAUCGUUCACACCCUCUUAAGCUUUAGCUCCACCUAUCUCUUUAAGGAUUCACAUGUGAGGCUAUGUACUAAACAACCAAAGAUUAAGACUAAAGGCUGGUUUAUACUACGGGUGUGUUCGUCAAUUUAAUCUGGAGUGCCAGAGUGUGCUCUGGGCGUUCGUAAACACAGAGCGUUGUCAAAUUGUCAGUUCAGACCGCACACUGGACACUCUGGGCGAGGAGUACGGUUGAUCUGAGUGUUCUGACCUAACAACAGCAGUCAACAAAAAUAAAAUAAAAUGGUAUUUGUCACGUGCGCCGAAUGAAACAGUAGACCUUACAGUGAAAUGCUUACUUACAAGCCCUUAACCAACAAUGUAGUUUUAUGAAAAAUGUAUGCACUCACUAAAACUGUAAGUCGCUCUGGAUAAGAGCGUCUGCUAAAAUGACUAAAAUGUAAAAUGCAAGAAAGAAUACCAAAAAAAAAGAAUAUGUAUGUAUAUGUGUAUAUUUUAUUUUUAUAUAUAUAUAUAUAUAUAUAUAUACACUGCUCAAAAAAAUUAAGGGAACACUAAAAUAACACAUCCUAGAUCUGAAUGAAUGAAAUAAUCUUAUUAAAUACUUUUUUUCUUUACAUAGUUGAAUGUGCUGACAACAAAAUCACACAAAAAUUAUCAAUGGAAAUCAAAUUUAUCAACCCAUGGAGGUCUGGAUUUGGAGUCACCCUCAAAAUUAAAGUGGAAAACCACACUACAGGCUGAUCCAACUUUGAUGUAAUGUCCUUAAAACAAGUCAAAAUGAGGUUCAGUAGUGUGUGUGGCCUCCACGUGCCUGUAUGACCUCCCUACAAUGCCUGGGCAUGCUCCUGAUGAGGUGGCGGAUGGUCUCCUGAGGGAUCUCCUCCCAGUCCUGGACUAAAGCAUCUGUCAACUCCUGGACAGUCUGUGGUGCAACGUGGCGUUGGUGGAUGGAGCGAGACAUGAUGUCCCAGAUGUGCUCAAUUGGAUUCAGGUCUGGGGAACGGGCGGGCCAGUCUAUAGCAUCAAUGCCUUCCUCUUGCAGGAACUGCUGACACACUCCAGCCACAUGAGGUCUAGCAUUGUCUUGCAUUAGGAGGAACCCAGGGCCAACCGCACCAGCAUAUGGUCUCACAAGGGGUCUGAGGAUCUCAUCUCGGUACCUAAUGGCAGCCAGGCUACCUCUGGCGAGCACAUGGAGGCUGUGCGGCCCCCCAAAGAAAUGCCACCCCACACCAUGACUGACCCACCGCCAAACUGGUCAUGCUGGAGGAUGUUGCAGGCAGCAGAACGUUCUCCACGGCGUCUCCAGACUCUGUCACGUCUGUUACAUGUGCUCAGUGUGAACCUGCUUUCAUCUGUGAAGAGCACAGGGCGCCAGUGGCGAAUUUGCCAAUCUUGGUGUUCUCUGGCAAAUGCCAAAUGUCCUGCACGUUGUUGGGCUGUAAGCACAACCCCCACCUGUGGACGUCGGGCCCUCAUACCACCCUCAUGGAGUCUGUUUCUGACCGUUUGAGCAGACACAUGCACAUUUGUGGCCUGCUGGAGGUCAUUUUGCAGGACUCUGGCAGUGCUCCUCCUGCUCCUCCUUGCACAAAGGCAGAGGUAGCAGUCCUGCUGCUGGGUUGUUGCCUCCUACGGCCUCCUCCACGUCUCCUGAUGUACUGGCCUGUCUCCUGGUAGUGCCACCAUGCUCUGGACACUACGCUGACAGACACAGCAAACUUCUUGCCACAGCUCGCAUUGAUGUGCCAUCCUGGAUGAGCUGCACUACCUGAGCCACUUGUGUGGGUUGUAGACUCCGUCUCAUGCUACCACUAGAGUGAAAGCACCGCCAGCAUUCAAAAGUGACCAAAACAUCAGCCAGGAAGCAUAGGAACUGAGAAGUGGUCUGUGGUCACCACCUGCAAAACCAGUCCUUUAUGGGGGGUGUCUUGCUAAUUGCCUAUAAUUUCCACCUGUUUUCUAUUCCAUUUGCACAACAGCAUGUGAAAUGUAUUGUCAAUCAGUGUUGCUUCCUAAGUGGACAGUUUUAUUUCACAGAAGUGUGAUUGACUUGGAGUUACAUUGUGUUGUUUAAGUGUUCCCUUUAUUUUUUUGAGCAGUGUAUAUAUACACAGUGAGGGGAAAAAAGUAUUUGAUCCCCUGCUGAUUUUGUACGUUUGCCCACUGACAAAGAAAUGAUCAGUCUAUAAUUUUAAUGGUAGGUUUAUUUGAACAGUGAGAGACAGAAUAACAACAAAAAAAUCCAGAAAAACGCAUGUCAAAAAUGUUAGAAAUUGAUUUGCAUUUUAAUGAGGGAAACAAGUAUUUGACCCCCUCUCAAUCAGAAAGAUUUCUGGCUCCCAGGUGUCUUUUAUACAGGUAAUGAGCUGAGAUUAGGAGCACACUCUUAAAGGGAGUGCUCCUAAUCUCAGUUUGUUACCUGUAUAAAAGAUACAUGUCCACAGAAGCAAUCAAUCAAUCAGAUUCCAAACUCUCCACCAUGGCCAAGACCAAAGAGCUCUCCAAGGAUGUCAGGGACAAGAUUGUAGACCUACACAAGGCUGGAAUGGGCUACAAGACCAUCGCCAAGCAGCUUGGUGAGAAGGUGACAACAGUUGGUGCGAUUAUUCGCAAAUGGAAGAAACACAAAAGAACUGUCAAUCUCCCUCGGCCUGGGGUUCCAUGCAAGAUCUCACCUCGUGGAGUUGCAAUGAUCAUGAGAAUGGUGAGGAAUCAGCCCAGAACUACACGGGAGGAUCUUGUCAAUGAUCUCAAGGCAGCUGGGACCAUAGUCACCAAGAAAACAAUUGGUAACACAUUACGCCGUGAAGGACUGAAAUCCUGCAGCGCCCGCAAGGUCCCCCUGCUCAAGAAAGCACAUAUACAUGCACGUCUGAAGUUUGCCAAUGAACAUCUGAAUGAUUCAGAGGAGAACUGGGUGAAAGUGUUGUGGUCAGAUGAGACAAAAAUGGAGCUCUUUGGCAUCAACUCAACUCGCCGUGUUUAGAGGAGGAGGAAUGCUGCCUAUGACCCCAAGAACACCAUCCCCACCCUCAAACAUGGAGGUGGAAACAUUAUGCUUUGGGGGUGUUUUUCUGCUAAGGGGACAGGACAACUUCACCGCAUCAAAGGGACGAUGGACGGGGCCAUGUACCAUCAAAUCUUGGGUGAGAACCUCCUUCCCUCAGCCAGGGCAUUGAAAAUGGGUCGUGGAUGGGUAUUCCAGCAUGACAAUGACCCAAAACACACGGCCAAGGCAACAAAGGAGUGGCUCAAGAAGAGGCACAUUAAGGUCCUGGAGUGGCCUAGCCAGUCUCCAGACCUUAAUCCCAUAGAAAAUCUGUGGAGGGAGCUGAAGGUUCGAGUUGCCAAACGUCAGCCUCGAAACCUUAAUGACUUGGAGAAGAUCUGCAAAGAGGAGUGGGACAAAAUCCCUCCUGAGAUGUGUGCAAACCUGGUGGCCAACUACAAAAAACGUCUGACCUCUGUGAUUGCCAACAAGAGUUUUGCCACCAAGUACUAAGUCAUGUUUUUCAGAGGGGUCAAAUACUUAUUUCCCUCAUUAAAAUGCAAAUCAAUUUAUAACAUUUUUGACAUGCGUUUUUCUGGAUUUCAAAUAAACCUACCAUUUAAAUUAUAUACUGAUCAUUUCUUUGUCAGUGGGCAAAUGUACAACAUCAGCAGGGGAUCGAAUACUUUUUUCCCUCACUGUAUACAGUUGAAGUCGGAAGUUUACAUACACCUUAGCCAAAUACAUUUACACUCAGUUUUUCACAAUUCCUGAUAUUUAAACCUAGUAAAAAUUCCCUGUUUUAGGUCAGCUAGGAUCACCACUUUAUUUUAAGAAUGUGAAAUGUCAGAAUAAUAAUAGAGAGAAUGAUUUAUUUAAGCUUUUAUUUAUUUCAUCAUUCCCAGUGGGUCAGAAGUUUACAUACACUCAAUUAGUAUUUGGUAGCAUUGCCUUUAAAUUGUUUAACAUUUCGGGUAGCCUUCCACAAGCUUCCCACAAUAUGUUGGGUGAAUUUUGGCCCAUUCCUCCUGACAGAGCUGGUGUAACUGAGUCAGGUUUGUAGGCCUCCUUGCUCGCACACACCUUUUCAGUUCUGCCCAAACAUUUUCUAUAGGAUUGAGGUCAGGGCUUUGUGAUGGCCACUCCAAUACCUUGACUUUGUUGUGCUUAAGCCAUUUUGCCACAACUUUGGAAGUAUGCUUGGGGUCAUUGUCCAUUUGGAAGACGCAUUUGCGACCAAGCUUUACCUUCCUGAUUGAUGUCUUGAGAUGUUCCCACAUAAUUUUCCUUCCUCAUGAUGCCAUCUAUUUUGUGAAGUGCAUCAUUCCCUCCUGCAGCAAAGCAUCCCAAAGCAUGAUGCUGCCACCCCCAUGCUUCACGGUUGUGAUGGUGUUCUUCGGCUUGCAAGCAACCCCCCUUUUCCUCCAAACAUAACGAUGGUCAUUAUGGCCAAAAAGUUAUAUUUUUGUUUCAUCAGACCAGAGGACAUUUCUCAAAAAAGUAUGAUCUUUGUCCCCAUGUGCAGUUGCAAAACAUAGUCUGGCUUUUUUAUGGCGGUUUUGGAGCAGUGGCUUCUUCCUUGCUGAGCAGCCUUUCAGGUUAUGUCGAUAUAGGACUUGUUUUACUGUGGAUAUAGAUACUUUUGUACCUGUUUCCUCCAGCAUCUUCACAAGGUCCUUUGCGGUUGUUCUGGGAUUGAUUCGCACUUUUCUCACCAAAGUACGUACAUCUCUAGGAGACCGAAUGCGUCUCCUUCCUGAGCGGUAUGACGGAUGCACGGUCGCAUGGUGUUUAUACUUGCGUACUAUUGUUUGUACAGAUGAACGUGGUACCUUCAGGUGUUUGAAUACUGCUACCAAGGAUGAACCAGACUUGUAGAGGUCUACAAUUUUCUUUCUGAGGUCAUGGCUGAUUUCUUUUGAUUUUCCCAUGAUGUCAAGCAAAGAGGCACUGAGUUUGAAGGUAGGCCUUGAAAUACAUAAUAAUAAUAAUAAUAAUAAUAAUAUGCCAUUUAGCAGACGCUUUUAUCCAAAGCGACUUACAGUCAUGCGUGCAUACAUUUUUUGUGAAUGGAUACAUCCACAGGUACACCUCCAAAUGACUCAAAUGAUGUCAAUUAGCCUAUCAGAAGCUUUUAAAGCCAUGACAUCAUUUUCUGGAAUUUUCCAAGCUGUUUAAAGGCACAGUCAACUUAGUGUAUGUAAAAUUAUGACCCACUGGAAUUGUGAUACAGUGAAUUAUAAGUGAAAUAAUCUGUCUGUAAACAAUUGUUGGAAAACUGUGUGUGUGUAUGUGUAUAUAUAUAUAUAUAUAUAUAUAUAUAUAUAUAUAUAUAUAUAUAUAUAUACAUACACACAAUAUAUAUAUAUAUAUAUAUAUAUAUAUAUAUAUAUAUACAUACACACAAAUAUAUAUAUAUAUAUAUAUAUAUAUAUAUAUAUAUAUAUAUAUAUAUAUAUAUAUAAACACACAUACACCCAUACAUAUACAUCUAUAUAUACAGUGGGGAGAAUUUGAUACACUGCCGAUUUUGCAGGUUUUCCUACUUACAAAGCAUGUAGAGGUCUGUAAUUUUUAUCAUAGGUACACUUCAACGGUGAGAGACGGAAUCUAAAACAAAAAUCCAGAAAAUCACAUUGUAUGAUUUUUAAGUAAUUAAUUUGCAUUUUAUUGCAUGACAUAAGUAUUUGAUACAUCAGAAAAGCAGAACUUAAUAUUUGGUACAGAAACCUUUGUUUGCAAUUACAGAGCUCAUACAUUUCCUGUAGGUCUUGACCAGGUUUGCACACACUGCAGCAGGGAUUUUGGCCCACUCCUCCAUUCAGACCUUCUCCAGAUCCUUCAGGUUUCGGGGCUGUCGCUGGGCAAUAAGGACUUUCAGCUCCCUCCAAAGAUUUUCUAUUGGGUUCAGGUCUGGAGACUGGCUAGGCCACUCCAGGACCUUGAGAUGCUUCUUACGGAGCCACUCCUUAGUUGCCCUGGCUUUGUGUUUCGGGUCGUUGUCAUGCUGGAAGACCCAGCCACGACCCAUCUUCAAUGCUCUUACUGAGGGAAGGAGGUUGUUGGCCAAGAUCUCGCGAUACAUGGCCCCAUCCAUCCUCCCCUCAAUACGGUGCAGUCGUCCUGUCCCCUUUGCAGAAAAGCAUCCCCAAAGAAUGAUGUUUCCACCUCCAUGCUUCACGGUUGGGAUGGUGUUCUUGGGGUUGUACUCAUCCUUCUUCUUCCUCCAAACACGGCGAGUGGAGUUUAGACCAAAAAGCUAUAUUUUUGUCUCAUCAGACCACAUGACCUUCUCCCAUUCCUCCUCUGGAUCAUCCAGAUGGUAAUUGGCAAACUUCAGACGGGCCUGGACAUGUGCUGUCUUGAGCAGUGGGACCUUGCGUGCGCUGCAGGAUUUUAAUCCAUGACGGCGUAGUGUGUUACUAAUGGUUUUCUUUGAGAGUGUGGUCCCAGCUCUCUUCAGGUCAUUGACCAGGUCCUGCUGUGUAGUUCUGGGCUGAUCCCUCACCUUCCUCAUGAUCAUUGAUGCCCCACGAGGUGAGAUCUUGCAUGGAGCCCCAGACCGAGGGUGAUUGACCGUCAUCUUGAACUUCUUCCAUUUUCUAAUAAUUGCGCCAACAGUUGUUGCCUUCUCACCAAGCUGCUUGCCUAUUGUCCUGUAGCCCAUCCCAGCCUUGUGCAGGUCUACAAUUUUAUCCCUGAUGUCCUUACACAGCUCUCUGGUCUUGGCCAUUGUGGAGAGGUUGGAGUCUGUUUGAUUGAGUGUGUGGACAGGUGUCUUUUAUACAGGUAACGAGUUCAAACAGGUGCUCAUAGCUUUGCACACUCUUGGCAUUCUCUCAACCAGCUUCUCCUGGAAUGCUUUUCCAACAGUCUUGAAGGAGUUCCCACAUAUGCUGAGCACUUGUUUGCUGCUUUUCCUUCACUCUGCGGUCCAACGCAUCCCAAACCAUCUCAAUUGGGUUGAGGUCGGGGGAUUAUGGAGGCCAGGUCAUCUGAUGCAGCACUCCAUCACUCUCCUUCUUGGUAAAAUAGCCAUUACACAGCCUGGAGGUGUGUUGGGUCAUUGUCCUGUUGAAAAAUAAAUGAUAGUCCCACUAAUUCCAAACCAGAUGGGAUGGCAUAUCACUGCAGAAUGCUGUGGUAGCCAUACUGGUUAAGUGUGCCUUGAAUUUUAAAUAAAUUACAGUCUGUGUCAACAUCAAAGCACCCCCACACCAUUACACCUCCUCCUCCUUGCUUUACGGUGGGAAAUACAUAUGCAGAGAUCAUCCGUUCACCCACACCGUGUCUCACAAAGACACAGCAGUUGGAACCAAAAAUCUCAAAUUUGGACUCCAGACCAAAGGACAAAUUCCCACCGGUCUAAUGUCCAUUACUCGUGUUUCUUGACCCAAGCAAGUCUCUUCUUCUUAUUGGUGUCCUUUAGUAGUGGUUUCCUUGCAGCAAUUCGACCAUGAAGGCCUGAUUCACGCAGUCUCCUCUGAACAGUUGAUGUUGAGAUGUGUCUGUUACUUGAACUCUGUGAAGCAUUUAUUUGGGCUGCAAUUUCUGAGCUGCUGCUCGGCCAUGGAAAACCAUUUCAUGAAGCUCCCGGCGAACAGUUAUUGUGCUGAGGUUGCUUCCAGAGGCAGUUUGGAACUCGGUAGUGGGUGUUGCAACCGAGGACAGACGAUUUUUACGCACUAUGCGCUUCAGCACUCGGUGGUCCAGUUCUGUGAGCUUGUGUGGCCUACCACUUUGUGGCUGUGCCGUUGUUGCUCCUAGACAUUUCCACUUCACAAUAACAGCCCUUACAGAUGACCAGGGCAGCUCUAGCAGGGCAGAAAUGUGAUGAACUGACUUGUUGGAAAGGUUGCCUCCUAUGACGGUGCCACGUUGAAAGUCACAGCUCUUCAGUUAGGCCAUUCUACUGCCAAUGUUUGUCUAUGGAGAUUGCAUGGAUGUAUGCUCGAUUUUAUACACCUGUCAGCAAUGGGUGUGGCUGAAAUAACCGAAUCCACUCAUUUGAAGGGGUGUCCACAUACCUUUGUAUAUAUAGUGUAUCUGCAGGAUUGCGGGGCAUCGGGGGUCUAGUGAGAACAGCCCCUGGGAAGUCAGAGAGGAAGAACAGAGUGACAGUUGAGAGAAAUUAGGGGUCCAACCCCUUUGGCAGUGUAUUUUCAUUUUCUUCACUUACCUGGUGUCAUGUUUAAGCUGUACCUAACAUUAUUCUUAGCCUUAUCUUUACCUUAUUUUACCUUCCUAAGGCAAUAAUCAGUGGGUUUGAUGAACUAAUUGUUCUUUGAUUAGAUAGUUGUUGCGUGUCCUCACUCAGCAGUGUGUGUUCUCUUGUGUUCCCCCUUGCAGGUGCUGCCGUUCCCCAGUCAGGUGGUGUAUAACCGUGUGGGGAAGUGUGGCAGCAGGACAGUGGUCAUCCUACUGAGGUUACUGGCAGAGAGACAUCAGUUCAACCUUAUCUCCUCAGACAUCCACAACAAGACACGCCUCACCAAACAUGAACAGGUAAGACAGGGGUGGGGAGAGAGAUAUGGAGGGAGAUGGGUGGUGGUGGAGGGGGUGUACGUUAGUGAUGCGCGGGUCAGCUCUUUGUUCACCCGCAACCACCCGCAAUUCCUAAUAACCGAUCCGCAACCGCCCAACUAUAUGUGAUAAAGUGAAUAUCUGAGGCCCGCACCCAACCCUAACCUGCAAAUAUAGAAUAUGCGCUUUACAGUUCCCUUUAUUUCUCUUGAACAUUUAUUGAACAAUGAUAGAGGAGUGGGGAGGGUUGCCUUGUUGUAUGAUGACUGGAAGGAGCCACAAUACCUUUGUGCCUUUAUUGAGUGAUGUUCUAAUGCUUCCACUUUAAGCUGUAGUACAGCAGGCUAUUGUAUUGUCCAUCAGUUUUUCUAAUAACAGGCUAAAGGGAUGGGUAUGUCUUUUCAUGAUUUCCGAGAGCAUCUUAAGGACAUCAACACAGCAUUUAUGGAGGAAGUGCUGCAUGUGUUUAAAGCCGCUUCCCUCAGAGACAUGUUGAAAUGCCAGGCUGUGCCACUGGAAAUGCCAACACAAAUGCCAACGUCAAUGAAAACAUUACUGAAUGGCAGUAAUUCUGAAGGAUUUAAAAAAACUGUCAUUCUCUCAGAGGGGAGGGACCCCUGGCUUUCUCAUGGGUUUUGAGAAGUAGGGGAGGGGAGGACGCGAGGAGUAUGCAAUUGAGAUUCUCCCAACAUCUCUCUCCCUUUCUGUUCAUCUUCCUUUAUUCUAGUGGUAUUUUGGGGAAAUUAGAAAGCUGACUAGGCACACCUGUCUUGUGGUAGGACCCCUCUUGGGCGUCCUCCAUCAGUGCCAGAGCAAUACAAAUAUGUUUUUCCUGUGUUUUGUAUCAUACUGUACAACAACUGAUGAAACUAACACUGUAAAAGUGUGUGUUUUUUUAAUCUGUGUUAUUUACUGAUACUUGCUGGUUGAAAAUACAACUUUCAAAUCAGCUGGUUUGCUUUGGCAGGAGUUUUGGCUUGCCUGGUGUUAGCACCAGGCAGUAAUUUGGUUAAAAGACCAAUAACAAAGAGUUCCAAACCUCUCUGCCAAUAACAGCUAGUAAUAACAGUUUUCAGUAAAUUAUUUGAUAUUGAUAUAAAAAAAAAAACAUGCUGCAUUGACAGACUUUCUCAGAAUCCUGAAAGAGGAAGAGAAUGAUGAUGAAUUUCUGUGCUAUUCUCUAUAUGGUCAUGUUUCAUAUCCUCAUAGGACUUUUCCAUCAGUGUUUAACUGUACUGGAGAAAUCUGUUUCUCAAGUUAUUUCAACCACUUUUGAAUGUUUGAAUGGUCAGUAAAUGCUAAAUAUUCAUAGACAUUACUGACCCAUUAGAUUUGAAGUACAUAUUAAAUUAAAGCUAAUAUUUAAACUGUUAGUUGUUUACUCAUUCGUCAAGACUGAAUGCGUGGCUUUACACGGUGUCAGAACACCAAUAGAAUCAUUAAGCCUCUGGAAAAGAGAGACCUAAAACACUUCUGUUAACGGUCCACUAACACGUCCUCUCAGAGCAGCUGUGUGUGUGUGUGUUUGCGUGCUUGUUGACUUAUGCAGAUCCCGAUUGCAUGCUCUCUAAGUUUAGAGACGCUGGUAUCCUUAGCUCCAGUCUGUCUGGGGACUGGAGUGUUAGACCAUUAUCCUUUGGCUAAGCCAGUGGCCUGCUAAUGCAUUUGCCCAGAACCGACACUCUCAGCCUGGGUAGCCAAGUAGCCAAGGUCCCCUAGCCUCUGGAGCCCUACUUACCCACAUUGCAUAGUGAUCUGUGUGUGUCUCUCUAUAGCAGAGGUACAGGACCUGAGGGAGUGAUGGGUUUUUUUCAGCUUGGUCAGAAAUAGCAACACAGCCUUUUUCUGAGUUUCACUGUGUUGCUAUGUGAUGCUGGGUUCUCUCUCUCACCAAAGAUGCAAACAGACACAGCUCUGCCAUGGAUCUCAUGUACCUGUAUACUAGCUACAACAGAUACCCAAACAUUGAGAAGGUCCGGCUCUGGCUUGGAGUAGCAGACUUUUCCAAUACUUUCCAAUAUAAAUAAAAAAGGGGAAUGUCUGACUGUUUUGCUGCUCUUAAUAUUUUAAUAAAACAUUGGUAAUGUACAUAAGGGUACUGUGUGUGCCUUCACUGGCAAAAUCAAUGCCAUAAACAAUUGCGAUACCACUAAGACCAGCUUUUGGUCGAUCUUAUAUCCCUAGUUACGCUCACUGAAAUUGGCAUAUUUGUGCACGUUUUUAAGGACACACCCUCCCAUCUCAGCGCAAGUGAGCGGAUGUUAGACAGGCAAAUUGCUGAACCUGUCGUAAGGGCUGGAAAAUGCUAGUGCACCAGUUUUUAAAUGACGAAAUUGCUAACUAACGUGUGUUUGACACUUGGGCCUUCUUACCGCCAGCCGAAAAUAGAGCCAUUGGAGUGUUGAUUUGCAGCUGAACCAAAAAACACAUAUCUGGUUGACAACAGCCUAUGUUGCAUCAAUAUUAGUCAGAAACAUUGAUUCUUGUGUAAAAAUUGACUACAACGUGUAAAUAGCAUAAUUUUGGUCAUAAAGUCAGUAUCUUCCCAAACGUAGAUUUGUGACAUUGUUACGUUCCUAGAUCCGUUGGAUAUUUGAGAGUUGGGUUUUGAUUUCGAUCAUGCCCACUUGCCCACUAGCACGGGAUGGUAAUGCCUAGGGAGAAUUGUCAUGCACGGAGACACAGCUGUGCAGAUUGCGCUCUAUCCAAUCGUAGUAGCAGAACCUACAGUCAGUGAGACAGACCUGCCUCGGGCUUGUUUACCUGUACUACAGUGUGUAGCUUGUGCUUUAUGUACAAUAGUUUGACAGCUUGCUGAAGUUGUAGACAUAUUCUCAGAAAUCAGUCCCGAGCGCAGCAGCAGCUCACUCAAUAGUCUGCAGUGCACUACUAGCUUUCAUGCAAAUGUUUUUACUUGAGAAAUACGACACCAAACACCUUAGCUAGAUGAGAAAAAAAGAAGAAAGCGCAGUGAUACUAUCAAGAGCAGUGAUACUAUCAAGAGCAGUGAUACUAUCAAGAGCAGUGUCCGGGUUUCUUCUUUUUUUCUCAUCUUAUUCAACUGUUACCAUGCACCUGCAAAAAAAGAUAGCUCAGAUGUGUGAGUCAAAUUGUUCCGAGAAUGUUAAGAAACAACGUGCUUCUGUGGGAAUUUCAGUACUUCAGCAUUUCCUGCAGGUUUCCUCAUGGUUCUAUUUAAAGUAAUGUUCUCAAAUUGUUCCAAGAACGUUAAGAAAACUUUCCAUAAAAACCACAAGAAAACUUUAGUAAUGUUCAGAGAAUGUUGUAAUAAUGUUAUUUAAAAACAUAUAUUCCGUUAUCAGCAUCAACAAAACGUUAUCCUCUAUCCUGUUAGGUGUGUUGGCCACACCCACUAACUGGCCACACCUGAUCUAAAUGAGUGCUUGUUUCCUUUGAAAUGGGGUCUGUUUGGAUAGAAAAAAAACAACAUGGCAUGCUAGCUCCAUCCUGGUGGCGCAGUGGAAUCAUUCCAUGGAUAGAGAACGUUAAUAAAACCUCCCAGGAAAACUUUCAGGGAACCAUAGUAAAACAUUCUUAGAACCUACCUGCAACCUAAAAAUGUAAGUUCCCAGAACAGGUGACAUUUUCACUUCCAUUCUCAGAACGUUUAAAAAUUGUUCCCAGAACGUUUAAAAAUUGUUCCCAGAACCAAUGGGAAACAAAAAACAUACGUUCCCACAACUUCCAAGGAACCAAAUGUGUAAGCUGGGCUAAGACCUCCUCAGCAAAAUAUCAACAUUAAUUAGAUAUUUCUUGAUUUAUCUUAAUUCUAUUCAUUCUGACUACUUUGAGAGUGAAAGAGGGACAAACAACAGCACACGCACAUUGAACCACACCCCCAAGAUCCAGGUUAAAGAAGGAUUUUUAAGCCUUGAGACAAUUGAGACAUGGAUUGUGUAUGUGUGCCAUUCAGAAGUGGAAUGGGCAAGUGCCUUUGAACAGGGUAUGGUAGAAGGUACCAGCCGCACCAGUUUGUGUAAAGAACUGCAACGCUUCUGGGUUUUUCACGCUCAACAGUUUCCCAUGUAUAUCAAGAAUGGUCCACCACCCAAAGGACAUCCAGCCAACUUGACACAACUGUGGGAAGCAUUGGCGUCAACAUGGGCCAGCAUCCCUGUGGAACGCUUUCAACCCUUUUUAGAGUCCAUGCCCCAAUGAAUUGAGAAAAACACAUACAGAAAUGGUGAGUUCAGCCCGCCAUUUAAAGCUGCUAAUCAUAAACACUUGUUCCAUUCCAAAACACAGUGACAAAAGAUGUCAACAAAAGAUUUCUAAUGCUAUCACACUACAUAACAAGUCUAGAUAACAAGCGACUAGAUAACAAGUCACACUAGGUAUCAAGGCCUCCACCUUUUUCCUUCGGUCUAUUUGUCCAUUUAAGUAAUGUUGUUGAGCUCAGCCAAGGUUAUGACAGGGUCAGACCCCAGUAGUUAGGUCGUUGGCCACCCCUCCAUCAUUUCCCUUUCCCUCCUGUCCCAUCUCCAAGCCCCAGGGAUCAGGGCCAGGUGUGACCACCACCAUGGAGCUCACCUGGGGCUACAGGUCUGGACCUGUCUCUCCAUGCAGGCCUGGGGAACCACAGGGGUGGAGAACACUCACCUAGGCUGGGAUAAUGUGAAACACAGAACUGUGAAUGAUGAUAUUUUACAGUACAUAAUGCAAACAUUUCAUCGUUCCAAUCUCUGCUAGCCGUUUCACAGAAUGAAACCUGAAGACAGUGUUUUGGUUAGAUGUUUUCUUUUUCUCUGUGUGUUUUCAGAAAGUCCUGGCCAUCACCAGCACACUAGAUACAGAUGGGCUUUAUCAACAGGAAGCCCCACUGAGGGCUAACAUAACAUGUGAUGUAAUUUAGCUGCUCUCAAUAGUGGGAGAUGAGGGGAUCAGGGAUCUCGUUCCAGCCUGUAUGACGUGAGGUUCUGGCACAGUCGACAUGGGGUCUCCAACACAAUUAUGUUGAUGUUAGGCUCUAGCACAGUGAGAUGGAACCUCCUAAUUGAUUUCUCUGCUGAAUCCAACAUGUGUAAUAAAUUACAGAUAUUCCAUCAUCGCCUAUUAAAGCACACAAGGGUUUAGUAAAUAUGGGUCUAAAUGUACUCUGUGUUUGGUUCUGGUUCCAUCCUGGAGAGAUAUACUGUUUUUGAUACAAGUAUAGACUUGGACAGUAAUUUCUCUUGAUGUGUGUGUGUGUGUUCAGGUGGACCUUAUGAGGAACAUCAGCAACAUCCCUCAGCCCUUCCUGUACACCAGACAUGUCCACUUCCUCAACUUCACCAGGUAACUACAGCAGAGCACACUACGUAUGACAACUGACACAGUGAUGCCAAGAUCUCAAUGGCACACAGAAUCAGCUAAAACAGUGGAGUUUACUAUUCUUGCUAUGCCUGGACAAAGUUGAAUUGAAACUGCUCCUAUAGUUUACAUUUUCACAAAAGCCUUGACUAAUGGAUAUCAAGAGAGGAAAUUUAAUUGUAUGCCCAUCUCCUUAUCAACUAGGCCCAAAUACUGCCCCACUGUGGAAAACCUUAUACUAUGUGUAUACUGUAUAAAUGUGUGUCCAUCCAUCUGCCCCUCUGUCUGUCAGGUUCAGGAUAGAGCAGCCCGUCUACAUCAACAUCAUACGGGACCCCAUUAGCCGUUUCCUCUCCAACUACUUCUUCCGACGUUUCGGGGACUGGAGGGGUGAGCAGAACCACCUCAUCCGAACGCCAGGGAUGAAGGAUGAUGAGAGAUACCUGGUGAGACUCCUUCUUUAUUGAUAGAACUCUAUCAACCUCUCUCCCUCUCUUUUUCCAUCUUUCAUGUCGGGGCCAACAGCCUAGGCCUUUGCUCUCCUGGUCUUCUUUCCAUAAGCAGCAUCAGUGUAAUGGUAUGAAGGCUAAUGGUCCAGAAUAUUAAUGAAGUCGAGUGUCAUUCUGACUUCAACAGUAACUGUACUGUAUGACUGAGUUAUUAGCUUGUACACAGUCCUUCCAUGUCUCCACCUGUUUCAUCGUCAGCCAGGCAGGGGCAAUUCUAGGAUUUUUUUAGUUGGGUGGCAAAGGGGGGAUCAAGAACCAGUCAUGGGUGGCCAUGGGAAAUCAGCAAAUUGUGUCACAAAUAGCGUUGAAAUUUUGCUUAAAAUACAGUGCAUUGUAUUGAAGAACUGUUUCAACUGUUAAUUUGUAUAUCCCCUAAUUUAUUCAAAUAAAUAUAUUUGAAAAUGAACAUAGGGGAAAUAUUAAUGUUAGAUACAUCAAGUUCAGUGGUAACUCCCCCUCCAAAUAUUUAUUUUCCCCUCCAAGGAAUUUUUUGAAAGCUGAUUUAGGUCUACUGCAUUUGUACACCAUUUAAAAGAUCUAAAAUGCUAUUUGGAGAACAGCAAAAACAAGCAACAAUUACCCACUGUUUUUCUUCUCACCAUAGUGGCAAAAUGGAGAACUAAUCAAGUGAGGUAAAGCAUAAUGUACUGUAUUAGUUACAGCCUUGUGGUAUUGGAUUUAGGAAGCCCUGCAAGAGUUCCUUGUAGCAGUUCUACAAUAAAAACCAUAGGUAUAGUACUUGAAGAUAAACAGUACGUGAUGUGGCAUGGGAAGGAAGGGUAACAAAUAUUUUGCCCCUUGUGGGGCAUUCCUCCAUCGCUCCCUUGCUCUCAACACAGAACUGCCCAGAACUCAAUUACAGACUUGACUGAGUUAGACCACAUCUGACAGUUAGUUAGAGACCUGAACUCUGUCUGUCUCUCUGUCUCUAUGUCUGUCUGUCUGUGUUGUUUUCUUCUGCAGUAGGCAACUCAAUACUCAGUGGUGAUAUUUGUCUCAUGCUUUUCUAAUGACAUUUACUGCUUUCGUUUCAUCCUCAAACUGUCGUUUCUAUGUGAGGUCCCAUUUUAAGUAAGGUUCAAAAGGUAAGGCAUGCAGUGUCGUUAGUGCUGGGCUGGAUUGGUAUAAUCUGUGUAGAGAUGGAGUCAGUCAGCUAACAUGCAAUAGGAAUUCCUCUUACUGCUCCUCCAAUCACCCAUGCUUGUGGGUAGACACACACGUACGCACGCACACACACACACCAGUGCGUUGUCAAAGGCCCUCACAACAACCAUAAAACACAUUGAGCCAGCAACAUUAGCAAACACACACAGUGAAAUGAAUAUCAUCGUGGCUAGAGUGAGUCUGAGUCUGACUGUGAGUAAUUAAGUUCUGCUCAGCGUCCCAGGAGUACCGGAGCAUUUGAGUUGAGUUAUUAAAGUAUGCAGCGAAAAGGGCCCCCUACUACAGUAAAGGGGGGCUGCCGCUGUGCUACCCUGGCAGGCUCACUUGAGUGUGUGUGUGUGUGUGUGUGUGCGUGCGUGCGUGUUAAUCCUGUUAGCACCCUAGCCUGGCCCAUACGUCCCACUGUGUGUGUGGUGAGUUGCUACUGUGUCAACACCCUUAGCCAAUUCAAUCUGCACCAUAUAAUUCAGCAGGGUCUUUUCCUCUCUCUUCCCCCUGUAGUGCAGCAGCAAAACAGCAGGCCUGGUGUGCAUUAGUCCAGCAGAGCCCUGCUCAGAGCCCUGCUCUGUGUGUACAGGAGGUGUCAAUGAAAGAACACUGUCAGUUUCCUCAACCAGGCCUUGUCUCUGCUAAUUUAUUAUUGAAACAUUCCUGUGGUAGACUUCUUACCUUUUUCCAUCGGCCCCACUCUCUCUUUACAGACAAACACACAUGCACUCACGCACACACACACAUACGUAUACACACGGUCAUGUGAACACACACACAUUCUCUCUCUCAUAUAUACAGUCAUGUGAACACGCACACACAAGCACAUGCUUUUGUAGUGAGUUAUUUGGCUAUGAAUCAUGUAUACUCUAGCUGAAAGAGUGACUGACCAGUGUGCUAGACUGAGAGGGGAGUUGGCUUCUAACCAGGUCCGUCUACCUGAUCUACCCUCACGGUUCACUCCCCCCCCAACACACACACACACACACACACAAACUUCACAGAGGAUGCCCUGGCGGACACCCAGCAUCGUUCAUGCCAAGGCAUCUCUUGUCUUCUUGUCCACGGUCUGUGAUCACGGAGGGAAGGAGAUGAGGCCCAGAAGGGCUUUAAGAAUUGGGACACAGUCAUUCUUAUAGGGUCUCUAUUGACAGUAACACAAUGCUUGUGUGUUCUGGGUUCUCUUCAGUUCUUGUGGUUCAUUUGAAGCCUCUUCUUGUUGUUCUGCUCGCGAUUGUCAGUGAAUGUACCUACCCAGUCCAAAUGCAGAGCAGCAGAUCUGAGAGACCGUUCAGAGGAGAUAAAAAAAGCACACAGCAUUAUGUGUGGAUUUAUUUAAAAUCAAAGUUUAGCUUGAACUGAUAUCUUUAUUAAUUUAAAUGACUGAGAAUAUUGCUUCCUGUGUUAACAGGUCUGUGUCAGUCAGUCAGACAGUCAGUCAGAGGUAUAUUGCCCCCUGGUGGGCUACUGAAGGAAUUAUAUACUCUAAAACUAUCAUCGACAAAGACAGGAAGAGACGGGUGUCCUUUUCUCUCAUAUUGUUUUGACCGCAGGCUUUGUGGGUUUAAGAGGAAAUGAAUUAUGUUUUUUGGGUGGAGUAAUAGAGAGAGAGAGAGAGAGAGAGAGAGAGAGAGAGAGAGAGAGAGAGAGAGAGAGAGAGAGCGAGAGAGAGAAGAGAGGAAGGAGAGAGAGAUAUAUUGAUCUCUAUAUCUAUAGUAGUCUCUAUCGAGUCCUGAUCAUGCUCUAUCUCUCUCUAUAUCUAUCGCUCGCUCUCUCUCUCUCGCUAUCCCUCUCUCUCUCUCUCUCUCUCUCUCUCUCUCUCUCUCUCUCUCCAUCUCUCCCUCUCUCUCUCUCUCUCUCUCUCUUCUCUUCUGCUCUUCUAUAUCUCUCUUCUCUCUUUCUUUUCUUUUUUCACCUCACUAUCUCUCCUCUUUCUUUUUUUUUUUAAUUUGGUCUCAGUGGGCCUCCCUCGUUCAGCCCACUGGCCUAGGACGUUUAUUUAUUUUUUCACUGAGGCGGUGGGUUAUUUUGACAGGAGGAAGAGAAGAUGUUGGGAUGCUGGUAGCAUGGCCAACAUAAUGUGGAUAGCUGAGGAGACCAAAGGUUGCCCUCGUUUUCUGUUUGUUUUGUUUGCAUUACUGGUCAGUUAACUGUCAUCAUUCUGGACAGAGAAUAAUAGCAUCAACCUCUGACUACAUUUUGCUCUUGCACUCCCAGAUUACCUAAUAUCUGAAUUGUGGAUAUGAAGCUGCAUGUCUUAUUUAGGCUGUCAGAAAGUGGUAUGGAGCUAGAGUGUCUUUACCAACGAUAACCAUGAGAAAAGCAUUACGAGGUCCUAAGAGAGAGGAAGACUUGGUGAAGGGUUCCCCCUAGUGAGAGUAAUGUAGAAUUACAGUAAUGUUUUCAUUUCCCAUUAUUCUUGCAGAAAAGUAGGUGUCAACCUGAAGAUGAUUGUCUGUCUUUCUGACUGUGUUUCUGAUUGGCUGUCUCUUCUGUCUCCCUCCUGUCCAGGACAUCAACGUCUGCAUCCUGGAGAAUUACCCAGAAUGCUCCAACCCCAGACUCUUCUACAUCAUCCCGUAUUUCUGUGGACAGCACCCACAGUGCCGGUAAGAAGAUCUGUAUUGCACCAGCGAAUCAGGCUCCAAAUUUGGAGUAAAGAAAUGUUGUAAUAGUUACACAUUGUCCUGGCUGGUAUUCAUAUUUUUGCGACUGGUAGUGUUCAGGAAAGUAUUAGUGGUAUUAGAAUUAUCAUUGGUUAUCAUUUCCUCUGGGUUGCCAGAUAUUUUCCUCUGACUGUGUCUGUUCUGUGCGUUUCAGAGAGCCGGGAGUAUGGGCUCUGGAGAGGGCCAAACAGAACGUUCUAGAAAACUUUCUUAUCGUGGGGAUCCUAGAGGAGCUGGAAGAUGUGCUGCUCCUUCUAGAGAGACUGUUACCUCAUUACUUUACUGACGUACUCAACAUCUACAAGAGCCCAGGUACAGACAUACACAAGCACACCCUGGCCUGUAAAAACCUUGUUACACUGGGUUUAAAUCAUUCAAAUUUAAAGGAAUAUUUAACACCAAAAUCAAAGUUUGUCAGAAGUUUAUUUUCAUACCUCAAAAAUGGUCUACAGUAACUCUUCACCUUGAUGGCUGACAAUAUGUCUUCUCUUCACAUUUUAACCAUACUUCCUGUUCUGUUUCUUUGUUUCCGCCCCUUCCUGCAGACUACAGGAAGAUGGGGAACAUGACUGGCACGGUGCGUAAACACACACCCACUCUGGAAGCCCUUCAGGUGCUAUACCACCACAUGCGCUACGAGUACGACUUCUACAACUUCAUCCGAGACCAGUUCCACCUGAUGAAGAAGAAGAUUGGCCUAAAGUCGGUCUCCCGACCCACUGCCCACCAGGCCUCCCUCCUAAGAGAGCUGGCCCUCCAAACUCCAGAGCCCCUGGACGAAGACGAGGAGCUGGAGACCGACCUUGAGGACGCCAACAGCUGGUUCGUCCAGCCCUGACCGUUCCCGUGGCGACUGAAGACUUUACCAGCGGCUGGUUGGCUGGAGGUGGCGUGAGAAGGGGGCAGGGAAUACGCCCUGUCUGUCAGCAUUCCCAGGAGGACGAUUGGUUGGGGGUGUGUGGAUCCUGAUGCCCGUGUUUUUACGGGCUCCAUUUUCCGUUUGGCUCGGACUCUCUGCUCACGGCUGAGGACCUUGGGAGUGGGCGGAUGGAUGGAUGGAUGGACGAACUGCCAUAUUUAAAGAUUGACUAGAAUAAUGGAAAAUAUUUGUAUCUUUAAAAAGCUAACUUUGGUUGCUUUAAGGUUUUAUUUUUUGUUUUGUUUUGUUGGUUUGAGGCCAUCCUGUUGGGGGUAUCUCCGGGUGAGAUAAGACGAGAGAUUUGGACCUAUGAACUCAUUAGGAAAUGUUUUCAAUGUUGAGGGAAGGGCUGCAUCUUUGGAUCAGGAGAAAUUCAAAGACACCAACAAAGGUGCUGGGAUGAUGGGGGGGAUGGGGUGAAGGAUUGGGGUGAGGUGUGAGAGGGUGAAGAGGGGUGGAAGAGAGGAUGAUGAAAUUGGAGGAGUUGUGUGUAACAGGUCUAUUGUUAGUGCUUGACCACUCCGUCUUUUCCUGUCCCUCCCAGACUAUUUUCCUCUCCCCGUCUUUUCCCCUUAUUUUCUCUCUCUCCCCCACACUCUGCCUGUUUUAAGGGCCCUGUUUUUAAAGUGUGAUUAAAAGUGCCAAACUGUUUAAUGCUGUUUCAUAGUCAUAGACUUCUCUAAGUGCCAAACCUAACCAAGUGGGGUCAGACUAUGGUGGGGUCAGACUUCCUAUAAAAACCCUGUUUAGGAGGAUCCACUGCUCACAGUGGGGGGGGUGACGUGGUUUAGCUCAAAUGUGACAGUGUCUAUGCAUAACACAAUCGGUUUACUUUGCUUAACAGAUGUCGAAAUUAUUUAAGAUGGUCAAAUGGCAAGAAGAGCACCCAACUAUGAAUUCAGAGAAUUCCAAAUGUGUGUCUACGAUUGGAUUUGACAUUUGUCAAACUGACAAUGUAUGAAGAUGGGUUGAAUAUUUUGGGACAUAACUUGGGAAAUAUUGAGAAAAUAUGAUGUUGAUUGGUGAAAAUGUAUGUUUGUCCUCAAAUGUUGAUGUCUCCAUAAGACAGAGCAUUGAUGUUUGACAUCCUACAACAACAAAAAACACUCAAAUAAAAAAAUUGUUUAAAAGAUCGAGCUGAAGGAUGAAACAUUUUUAAUCCAAAGCUUUACCUGAACUCACCAAAUGAAAUGACUAUUUGUUUAGUCUUAACACACUGCACUUAAUAUUAUUUGAGGUUGUUCAACUUCGGAUUGUUGGUUACAGUAAUGUCUACAACAUUGUUUUCUCUGUUUCCAAACUCUCUCCUGACUCUCAGGUCUACAGGAUUUCAUAGUGCAGCCAUGGUGUUACACUUUGGCCAUUUUAAAUAACUCAACACCCAGAGAAUAAAAUGGCCACAACAACAAGCUAUUACCUGGUAUUAGUACCUAUACCAGUCUAAUAUACAUAUUAUGUGUGUAGGCCUAUGUAGUCGUUGUCAUUGUCUUCUGUGUGGAUUUUCUUUUUGACAGUUUAAUUUAUUAUUAUUAUUAUGUAUUCAUUUGCAUUCCAGAUAAGAUUCUCAGGAAAAAAAAAAGGUUUCUUACAAAGUUGAAAUAAUUUGUACUUUUAGGAUUCUUACAACUAUCAAGUUAUUCAUACUAUCUAAAGAUGAGUCAAAUGUCCAAAAUAAAAUAUGAACAGCUUAAAGAAAUGGCAGAACUGUUUUACAAUGAAUGGAAUCCAUUAAUUUCAAUCUCCUCAGACGGUUUUCAAAAUAAAAACCUAAUAAUUGCAGUUGCUGUCUGUACUUUCCCUCUCAUUCUUAUUUAUACAAUAAAGGAGUGCUAGCCUAUUCUUUUCUAAUUCAAGAGGAUACAUUUAAUGUACAUUUACCCACCUAGCUCUGAAUCCAUGAAAGAAAUGCAGCCUCUGUUAUGUGCUAAUAACAUGAUGAACCAGAGGUACUAGGUUAUUCCGGUGUAAGUGCUGUUCCAGUUCCACCUGAUUAAGAAGAAGAUUGGCCUCAAGUCGGUCUCCCGACUUGAGGCCGUUGCCUUUACUCUCCUUCCUGAGAGUAAAGGCACGGUCUUCAACAUCCCAGAGACCCUGAA